AGAGGGAGAAGAGGGAGCGCACGGUGCGAGGAGGAACAGCACCAAAGCGCCAGUUUCCAUUUAAUUCCUGCUUUUACGCAGGGAGGAGCGGCGCGGCGAUCCGCCGCCGGACGGUAAUCCUCUUGCCGGGCGGAGCAGGGAAAGCCCUUCUCCGGGCUGACAGAGUGAGGGAGGCAGAGUUUGAGGCCGGACACACUUUUAUAUUUGAUGCCUUCUUCCCGCCGCCGGAGGCUGAAAUGAACUGACGGAGAGGGACUUUUCGUUCGGGCUGCAGGGAUUCCUUCCUCUCGGUAUCAUGAGCGGACCGACAAAAGUUCAGUACCAGGCGGGUCUCUACGGAGGGAACAACAACAGCGGCUCUCCGCUCUCCAGCCGGGGAAAUUCGCCCAUUGUGUGCGAGCGCUGCGGGGAGGUGUGCCGCGGCGAGGUGGUGCGCGUUAAAAGCACCCACUUCCACGUAAACUGCUUCACCUGCCAAGUGUGCGGCUGUGACCUGGUGCACUCGGGCUUCUUCCACCACUCCGGCGAGUACAUCUGCACGGAGGACUACCAGCGGCUGUACGGGACCCAGUGUGACAGCUGCGAUCAGUACAUCACUGGAGAGGUUGUGUCCGCUCUGGGAAGGACGUACCACCCACACUGUUUCGUCUGCAGCAUCUGCAAGAGUCCGUUCCCAAUCGGAGACAGGGUGACCUUCUGUGGAAAAAAGUGUGUGUGUCAGCAGUGCUCACACUCUCUGAACAGCGACAAGCCCGUCAAGGUCCACGGGCCGAGCUACUGUUCCGGCUGCGGAGAGGAGAUCAAGCAGGGUCAGUCUCUGCUGGCUCUGGAGAGGCAGUGGCACGUCAGUUGUUUCAAAUGUCGGACGUGCGGCCGGGCGCUCACCGGAGAGUACAUCAGCAAAGAUGGGAUACCGUACUGCGAGGCCGACUACCACACUCAGUUUGGCAUCAGGUGCGAGAGCUGCAGCAGGUACAUCAGCGGCAGAGUCCUGGAGGCUGGAGGGAAACACUACCACCCCAGCUGUGCCAGGUGUGCCCGCUGUCACAUGAUGUUCCUGGAAGGAGAGGAAAUGUACCUUACAGGUUCAGAGGUUUGGCACCCCAUGUGUAAAGAAGCAGCUCGACUGGAGAGGAAACUGAGGCUCAGGCGUACCUCUGAGACGGCGUCCAUAUCUCCUCCCGGCUCCUCGCCGCUGCUCGGCUCCCCUCACCGCCUCAUCUGCUCGAAGGCUGACGCCGAUGUUUUGGACUACAAGCAGCUGGCGGCUCUGCCCAGGGUGAAAGCCGUAUAUGAAAUCCAGCGGCCCGACAUCAUCCCUUAUCAGGCCGACCACGCGCACACACACCUCUCCGAUGACAUGCUGGAGAGAUACAGCUGUGGACAGUCGUUGAGCUCCUUGUCACCGUACUCCCAGGAUUUGUUGGAUGGCAUGGAGUUGAGAACGAGGCGUUCCUCCAGCUCAGCCUUCACUGACUCCCCUGCACACAGUCGCCACGGUGGCUCCCCACUGCAUUAUUAUCUCCCUGGCAGUGAGAGUGGCAGGAGUUCACCCUAUUACAGUCAGCCAGAGCGGUGCGCUUCACCCACCACCACCUUCAUUCAAGUCCCCAGGCAUUUCCAUGUGCCAGCUGCUGAGGAAACCAACAUUUACAGGAAACCUCCCAUCUACAAGAGACAAGCUCUUCAGAGUAAGACCAACGAGAACCUCGUCAAUUCCAGCCACCUCUCCACCUCCAACUGCAACAGCAUCUAUCACCCGGAGUCCAACUACUAUCCAUACACUGGCUCCCCUAAAGUCUCCAGGGUGAGGAGGUUUUCGUCGGGAGGGGAGGAGGACGGCUGGAAUCACAAUAUAAACAGGGGCAUCGGCAGGCUGAUCCUGAAGGAGGAGAUGAAGGCGCGCUCGCGCUGCCACGACAACGACCAGUGGGGCAGCAGACGCAGCUCUCGCUGCAGCAGCAAGGAGGCGCUCAACAACCUGGGAUACGGCUCUCUGAAUGGUUCUCCCCGGUCGGUCUACAGCGCAGACAGCGAUUCGUACAUUGCCAAAUCGUCCUCAUUGCCGGGCUACGGCAAAAAUGGAAUAAACAGGCAGCCCGGCAGUGCAGGAGCAGAUUAUUACCAGUAUGACAGCAGCAAUGCCGUUAACUGGCAGAUCAGAGAAUACAAGAUUUACCCAUAUGAAGCUUUAGUGGUGUCAGUGCGAGGGCAGCAGCGUCUCCCCAGCGAUGUGGAUCGAGCCAGACUGGAGCGUCACCUCUCACCUGAGGAGUUUUACAGAGUCUUCAGCAUGUCCAUGUCGGCGUUCGACCGGCUGGCUCAGUGGAAGAAGAACGAGCUGAAGAAGCAGGUCCGACUCUUCUGAGG